UUUCUGACAUCAGCCAAGAACACAAGAACGAGGAGCAGCAGUAGGCCAUUUCAGUCUGCUCUGUGAUUAAUUAAACCGUGGGUGGUCAGGUUACUGUCUCCAUUCCAUUUACCCGUCUGCCCACAACUCUGAGCCCCUACUCGACCCUUCACUCAGCCUUGAGUAUAUUCAGUCACCCAGCCAAUACUCCUCUCUUAGGAAGCGAAUUCCAGAGAUGAACAACCAUCUGAAAAAAAACUUCCUUACCCAGACUUAAAUUAGAUCAUCGGCGGAAAUGACUCGGUCCAAGAGGAUACGCAAUCACAACAGUGACAAAAAGAAAAGUAUAUCAAAGCAAUGGAAAACAAAAAGGCGAACAAAAGAUUUAGAUCAAAUUCAUGAAGAUAUGAAACCUGAAAAUGCAGACAAAUUAUUGCACCAGGAAAUAGAUUAUGAUGCCAUAGGAAAUGCACAAUUCUACUGCUUACACUGCGCGCGGUACUUCAUUGAUCAAAGAAGUCUCAAAGAGCAUUUUAAAACAAAAGUUCACAAACGAAGACUAAAACAGUUAAGCGAAGAGCCCUACACUCAGGAAGAAGCAGAGCGAGCAGCAGGAAUGGGAUCCUAUAUACCAGCAAAGAAAGUCAAAGUUGAGACUCAGGCAAUAGAAGAAGAAAUGAAAAUAUCAUAAUUUGAUUUUUGUAAAAAUUGAAUUCCUCUUCAAAAAAACACAAAGCUCUUUUAAUAUUGUUCAGAGCUUUAUAUAAUUAUUUAAUCUCAAAGAUUUGUUGGCUUGGAUCUUAUUGCUUCAGCUGAUGCUCCUGAAUGCCAGCAUCAUGUUCCUAAAAAUACAUCUAAAUUGGUAACUUUAUCCUUUUGAUAGGGUGUGUUGUAACCUUCAAAUAGGCCAUCUUCAGAAAUAAAGACAUUCCAAAGAGAAACUAAA